AUGUCUCGUGGGACCUCCUGGCACUCGUCCCAAACAGGUUCGCAGGUUUCCACCCCGCCGCCAGUGGCUUCCCCUCCACAGACAACUGGAGAUACCCAAAACCUCCCGGACACCCUGCUUGUUGACACCCCCGGUACUUUGGAUGUGGAGCACGACAAGGACCACAGCAGCCAAUCCGCCUCCCCACAGCAAGCCUCCCAGAGUGGUGCAAAGCAAGCAGCCGAAGCGACUGGUGGAACACAAACAGCCGCAGCCAAUCCGAAAGGACCCCAGAUCCCCGAAGCGACUGGUGCAAACCAAGCAGCCCCAGCCAAUCCCGAGGGACCCCAGAUCCCCGAAGCGACUGCUGCAAACCAAGCAGCCCCAGUCAAUCCCAAAGCGAGUGGUGCAAACCCAGCAGCCCCAGCCAAUCCGCAGCCCCAGAUUGCGAAGCCAGCAGUAGCCAAUCCCAAGGGACCCCAGAUCCCCGAAGCGAGUGGUGCAAAACCAGCAGCCCCAGCCAAUGCCACGCAACCCCAGAUUGCGAAGCCAGCAGUAGCCGAUCCCAAGGGACCCCAGAUCCCCGAAGCGAGUGGUACAAAACCAGCACCCAAGAAAAUGCUCCCUACCAGCAAGGCAGCCCCCAAGCCCACGGAACAGGACGAGGAGGACUACGACCCCGGAGAGGAAACCGUUAACCCACCCGCACAGGUGAGCAAAGCGACUCUCAUGAAACGGCUCGCACGCCUGUGUGCCCCGAGGGAGGACGGGACACACAAAAUCCCUAUGGAUGUCAUCGACACCUACAAGAAUCUAAGCACUCGUGACGACGUCUACCGAAGCUUCGAGAAAUGCGGCUGCGACCCCGUUCUCUUUUCGAAGCGAAUCAACCGCAAGUAUGAGGAAAUCAAUGAGAAGACGGUGGAAACUGAGUACGAGUUCUUAACGGAACAGGAGAUGGAAGAGAAAGGAUGGAGCGAGAAGUCAGAAUACUGCGAUGACUGGAUGUACUGGGUGGCUGUAAAGGUGAAAGGAAGCAACAAGAAGACGAAACGCCACACGGUCGCCGAGAUCUUGGAGGGCGGCGACAACGAGCCGAUGGAAGAUCCUGAGCUUGCCAUGGACGAGUACCCGUUUCUGCAAGAGGGCGACGGGGACAAGAAGACAGGCGAGCAAGGAGAUGGUGAAUCCUCCGCCGAGAGCAGCGACGACGGCGAAGAAGCAGGUCGCAUCUUGAAGAAAGUGAACUUUCCCGACGUGGGAAAGAAGCCUCAGGACUCGUGCAUGGCCGUUACGAGUUGCUUGCAAAAGCGAUACUCCAAGCUACAGCCUGUGCUGGACAAGUUCGACCAGAUACCGAGAGACCAGUUGACGCCAUCGCAAACGAAGAACCUCGCCCAAUUAGUGUGUCAUUUGCGAACACAACAGCCUAAUACGAUUUUGCAAACAAACCUAAGGUACAAAGAUUCCCUCAAGACCGUGAUGGACAAACUGACCGAGCUGGAGGAUACCUUGACCUCCAUCUACAGCAAUGGGAUUGCUCUUGGAUUCUCCAAAGAGAGCCUCGUCAUAUAUUAUGUUUGUGGUACUCAUGAGGAGGUGGCUUUCGGGUAG